AUGACCACUCCUGAAAACCAGCCGCUCCCGGCUCCCACAAAUGCGAUAGACGUCAUAUCUCAAAGAUAUGCGAGUGGAAAGCAGACAUGCAUCCUUACACUCACCUUCCCAGAUCUUUCUCAGGUCGGUGAUCUCUUGAAACGCAUCGAAUAUGGCGUCCAUUGUUGGGAGCUUCGCGGCGACCUCCUCAGCCCGUCUGGUGCAGCCGAGGAAUCCAACAUCCCCUCGGCAGAAUACGUUCAGAACCAGAUCCAGUGCCUUAGAUCGCACUCAAACCUUCCAAUCUUCUUUAGCUUGAGAAUGAAAUCGCAGGGUGGAAGAUUUCCUGACGCCGAAAUUGCGGCUGCGGCAGAGCUGAUUUCGCUGGCUGUCAAUCUCAAGUGCGAGUAUGUUGAAUGGAACAUCAACUGGCCAUUGGAUACACUCAAAAGGAUUACCAGCAAGCCAACUGGGACAAAGAUUGUUGGGUCUGAGCAUGACGGAACUGGAGACCUGAGAUGGACAGACGCCGGCGUGCGGAACAUUUGCAAGUCCAUCGACCAGUACGCAGAUAUUAUCAGUGUGAGCCUUCUGGCAAGUGAUAUGGACGAUUGUCACGACUUGGCUCAAUUCACUCGAAAACAUCGACAGAGCAACAAGAAGCCUCUUCUUGCAACCUGCACUGGCUUGAAUGGCCAACUCUCGCGAAUUAUUUCCCCAAUUACGCAGGUUACACACCCCGGUUUGCCAUUUCCUGCAUCUGCAGAUCAGCCCACAGUUGCCAAGGUCAAUCAGGCAUUAAAUAUUCUUGGGCAGUUGCCAAAGAAGCAGUUUUACAUCUUUGGGCACAACAUCGCACACUCCCUGUCGCCCACUCUCCACAAUGCCGGCUUCCAAGAGCUUGGGCUACCGCAUCGCUACAGAAUCCACCAGAGUGAGAAUGUGGACAAGUCCGUAGAGGAUCUCGUCAAUCGCCAUGAUUUUGGUGGAGCUUCGGUCACGUUUCCACACAAAUUGCAGGUUGGAAGGCUGUUGGACUCUGUUUCCCCUGUCGUGGAAAAAGUCGGGGCCGUCAACACUAUCGUGGUGAGAAAAUCGGAGGACGGCAGCCGAGUGUUGAUCGGAGAUAACACAGACUGGCUAGGGAUCAAACGAUGCAUUGAUUCGGCAUCUGUCCGUCAUCUUGGAACGUCUGCUGCGCUUGUGCUUGGAGCAGGAGGCGCAGCUCGUGCCGCCUGCUAUGCCAUUCAGAGUCUAGGCGUUCAACACCUCUUGAUCGUCAACAGAACCCUUUCAAAGGCCGAAGACAUGGCAGCUCUGUUCCCAGACAUGAGAACAACGAUUUUUGAAAGCCUCGAGGCAGCUUGUGAAUACACUGGGCCAUGCAUCAGAGUCAUCAUUGCCUGUGUGCCUGCCGACGAUCUAAGCGAGGACAAGAUCCCGACCAAACUCUUUUCCGGCGCUGAUACGGGCGCCUUGGUCGAGAUGGCUUACAGGCCACAGGUGACGGGCAUGAUGAAGGUGGCCAAAAGAUUCCCCGGAUGGAGCGUCUUUAAAGGUAUCGAUGUAUUGGAAGAGCAGGCAUAUGCGCAGUUUGAGCUCUGGACUGAGAUGCCUGCACCUUCAAUCGUGAUGGGGGAUGCAAUGAGAGCAAAGGCAAGCGGGAAACUGUAG